AGCGCCCUCCGUUGCAGCCACCACACCGGCUCUUUUCUUUUCUUCGUCGCUGACCACCGCGCGCACACAUUCGACGACCAAAACAGAGGAAGAAGAAAAGAGAAGGUUCUCGAGAUCUCAGCGGCGAGAGAGAUCUGCGAGGAAGAGAGACGGUGCUGCUUCCGAGAUGCACGACUUCUGCUUCACGAUCCCCUACGGGUUUGCGGUCCUGGCAGGCGGACUCAUAGGCUACCUCCGUCGCGGCAGCACCGCCUCCCUGGCCGGCGGCGCCGGCGUCGGCGGGCUGCUCCUCCUGGCGGGAUUCGUCAGCCUUAAGGCCUUCGAGAAGCGCCGCAACUCCUGGCUCGCCCUCGCCCUCGAGACCCUCUGCGCGCUGGCGUUGACCUAUGUUAUGGGGCAAAGAUACCUGGAAACUUCGAAGAUAAUGCCAGCCGGUGUCGUUGCUGGUCUCAGUGCUCUGAUGUCUGCAUUCUAUCUAUUUAAAAUUGCAACCGGUGGCAAUCAUAUCUCACCAAAGAAAGAGUAAACCACGGUUUUCUUGCAAGAUGUGUUUUGGCCAAACUAGAAGACUGCUGCAGGUUGUGUUGUGCAUUUGCAUUGUAAACCUCAAUGAUGUUGUUAUUUCCUGUUUGUGCUGCUAUUCCAAUGUAUCGUGGAGUUCUGACGUGCUCACCGCCAUGUAGAAGAAGUGAAUAUUUUGAAUGUGCUUCACCGAGGCGCAAGUUUUAUAUUAAUUGCUAGCUAUCCAUGUGCUUUAAACAAGAUGAUGGCUGUUAUAAUUAUCGAUUGUUAUAUGAAUGAACAAUGGUGGGUGUCUCGUA